AUGCCAUUGGGAAUGAAAGAAUUGAAAUGUCUUCAUACUUUGUCUAAUUUUAUUGUGGGCAAAGACACUAGAUCCCAAUUGAAAGAUUUGAAAGAUCUAAAGUUUCUCCAAGGAGAACUUUUCAUUUCAAGAUUAGAGAAUGUGACUAAUGAACAAGAUAUCGGAGAGACGAUUUUAAGAGAUAAAAAAGACCUAGAAAUAUUGUCUUUGAAAUGGCGCUCUCAAUCUGAUAACUCAAGCAAUAAGGCGGCAAAGGAAAAUGUACUUGAUAUGCUUCGACCUUAUGGAAAUAUAAAAGGACUCAUAAUCAAUGUCUAUGGUGGCAAGAGAUUUCUAUCUUGGAUAGGAGAUUCAUCUUUCUCCAACUUGGUUCUGAGAUUUUUGGAGAGAGAUGCUCAGAGGCUUUUUAUAGAGACUCUUUCUUCCGAGGAUUUGCAAGAAUGGAUACAUUGGAACCUAAUCCAAGAAAGUGAGAAUGUUGAAAUUUUUCCUCAACUCCUCAAGCUUUCAAUUGUCAAAUGCCCCAAACUCAUUGGAAGAUUACCAGACAAGCUUCCUUCGUUGGUGGAGCUUGAAAUUCACGAAUGUUCGCAGUUGGUGGUUUCAUGCCCAAGCCUUCCUACGGGCAAUUAUAAUCCAGCUGACUCCAAUUCACAGAAUGCUUCGACUCCUGAAAAUAUUUCGGAGUUUGACAAUUGGUUACGGCAAGGGUAUCAGAAAUUACAACGAUUAAGUAUCGUUAAUUGUGAGAAACUCGCCCGUUUGUGGCACAAUGAGAUUUCUCUUGAGACGCCACCACUAGGGUUGCAAACCUGCAACUCCUUCAAGUCACUACGUAAUCAAGAUUCCCCAACUCUUGUUCCGUUUCCAGAUGUUUUGUUUGAUGAUAUAGAGGAUACUUUUUCUCUUGAGUCGUUGUAUGUCGAGAAUUGUCCAUCUUUGACCUGUUUGUCAUCAAGAGGUCAAUUAUUUGACAAGCUCAAACAUCUCAAAAUUCGGAAUUGCUCAAACCUCACAACUUUUUCAUUAACUGGAGAGUUACCUAUGUCACUCACAAAUCUCAAAAUCUGGGAUUGCUCAAAGCUAGAGUUGAUAGCAGAGAAGUUCGGAAGUAACAUGUCUCUUAGAUCAAUACGUAUAAAGAGAUGUGAGAAUCUUAACUCCUUGCCUGAAGGACUGCGCAAUCUUAACUAUCUUUACGAGAUUGAUUUGCCAGACUGUCCAAAUCUUGUUUCCUUCCCGGAAGAAGGGCUUCGCAACAACAAUUUAAUUGAGGUGUCCUUCUAUAGACGUGAGAAACUUAAGGGCCUGCCCAACCACAGUCAAAGUCUCGGCCGUCUCCAAUAUUUGGAAAUCGAAGAUUGUCCAAGUAUUAGAUCAUUUCUGGUAGAAGGUUGUCCUACCAGCCUAAGAGGACUUUCAGUUUUGAAUAAUCUUGAAAUUUAUAAGUCCUUGAGGGAGUGGGGGUUUCACAAGUUCAUCUCUCUUACUUACCUGGAGAUUUGUGGAUGUUCAGAUGUAGUUUGUUUUCCGCAGGAGGAGAUGGGAAUGAUGCUCCCAAGCUCUCUAACUCACUUGGUCAUUUCUAAAUUUCCGCAAUUGAAAUAUUUAUCUUCCAAGUUUGAUGCAGUUAUCUUAGCAAUUGAUUUUGCUUUCCAGAAGAGGCUUGCUAAUGCUAAUAGUAGUUUCAGAUAUCAGGGAAAACUUAUCUCCUGUGCUGAGACUGAAGUUGCUUAUCCAAUGUCCUUCAACCUGACUGUUCUGUAUUUGAUUAUACAGAAAUUGAUGGUUGAUGAAGUACUUAUCCUUGAUGAUCUAUGUGUGCAAUUCCCUGGAGAUCAGUUAUAG